GAAAAUGCGAAUUUAAAAACCCAGUUAGCUACCGUCAGCAAAGCUGCCACGGAGAUGGCGGUGCGCCAAAACCCUCCACCGCCACCAGAAAAUGGUGCCAAGAAAAAAAUGAGCUGCCCGGAGGACCCGGAAAAGAAGGGCGGAGCCACAGAAGAACAGGCGGGACUCCACCCAGCAAGCCCGCCCCCUGAGGUGACGUCGCUCCCAACGGCCCCACCUCCGUACCACAGGGAGGGGGCAACGAGCAGGAAUUUAUAUUCGACCCUCCCACCAGAUACAGUAACAACUACAGCAGCCACUCACCCUGUAGCAAUAACCAAGCAAGUAACCAACCCGCAGGGUGCAACCACCACCACCACCCUUGAUGCCAUCAAAGCAUGCGUGGAGAUUUACGGAGGAGAGGACACCAUCACCCUUCGCUGCCUCCUCAACCUGCUCGCUACUCAGCCAGCAGGGAAUCUUUGAAGUCAACUUCCACGACUACAAGCCCUUGUGGAGUCAGUAGCUACAAACCCAGCCGGCAUAUCAAGCCGCCUUACGACAUACCCGGUUGGGCACCAAGGGCCAAGACAUUCCCAAUUCGACUCAUGAAAGGAAUCGAGACUGCCACCCCAGAGGACACCGGAGGAAAGAGCCAUGUUUUGGGUUCCUUCUAAACCACUCCACGCUUACCAAGCAACGGCUACACGUCCUAUGAGAUGCGGGACAAUGACAACUGACACAUAUACUAGGCUACCAACCUCGACCGAUCCCGCCAACCAUUCUGGGCCCUGGAGGCACCCACGCCUAGCAGCGCACUCCGGAUAACACCGCAGACUGCCCCAACAAACAACUACUCAAAGGGGGAAUCUACAAACUAUUCCAACCACUACGACAUUAUGCUCGUAGAUGUACAAAAGACAAUUUUAUUGUUUUUAGUUUUCUUUACUUUAGCAGGCCCAGAACCUGAGACGCGUAGCGACAAGGGACCCAGCCCAGACAGAGAGAGAGAGAAAGUGCCACCGCAGACACCGAAGCCCGGUGUGUGACGUCACCAUGAUGCCUGGCCGUGGUAACUGGAUCUAAACCUUGUUCCACUACAAUUCCUGGUGCAGCAUUAAUAAGUUCUGCCUGUCAUAACAAAACUCUCAACGUUCAUAAACCUAAAAGGGCCUGGGAAGCCUAUGCUUUUUCAGGUAAUUGCGCGCGGUUGUUUGCUCCCGCUCCUUUGGAACUGUUGUGGGCUUGCUCAGACGGUUGCUUAUAUACAACCCUCCCAGCCACACUUUCAGGGAUACAAUGCUUUUGACCACCGUAUCUCUCUGUCCCCUUUGUAUGCCAACACCUCUAGGCCGUCUGGUCCAACAUUGCUCCGCCGUCGCGGGCGGGGGCAAGUCUGGGGUUCCCUCACUUCAGAGAAAAGAGGUAACCAAUUCCUCAACUGGGGACUAGAGGGCAUCUUUGCCUGGGGAAUAAUACCGAUGGGCAGGGCCUGAGUGGUUAUUGCUCAGCUCGCUGAGCAAGUAGAGUUGCUUGCCAAUCAUACCGCUGAUAGCCUAAAUUUAAUCAAUCAUCAGUUACAAGUCACUUCACAAAUGACGAUACAAAACCGUUUAGCAUUAGAUGCUCUUUUAUUUAAAGAAGGCGGACUUUGUCAGUUUUUAAAUCUUUGCCUUGAACAUUGUUGUAUUGGUAUUCCCAAUGUGUCCCUUCCUCUAGAACACCAAAUCACGUCGAUGCGGAAAAUUACAGCAAGAACCAACAAUGUCGCAGGACUAAAAAAGGGAUGGUUAGCCGACCUUUUCGACUGGAUGGGAUGAGAUACAUCAUCUUGGUUAAUGCAUUUACUAACCCUGCUUAUUACCUUGUGCUUGCCAUUAAUUGCGAUAGCCGUUGUUGUGUGUUUAGGUUGUUGUAUCUUACAGCUCAUAAAGAAACGACUAAUGACGCUUUCUGCUUUUGUAUACACCCGCUUGCCAUUAGAUGACUCCAAUGACAACGAGUAUGACGACGAGAACGAGCUAUAGCCUAAAAAACAUGGGAAACCAUUGCAUGCAGGUUAAUUGGAGAAGCUGCUGGAACAACCUGCAAGAAGUUAAUGGUCAACCUAAAACAAUGUUACUACAAGGACUUGGGUCAAACAGCUUUUCAAAUCACAAAGGUUUGCAUGAGAGCAACCCAAAGACAAGUCCGGAGGAAGCCAACAGACAUGAAACCCGGGCAAAGGAGGAUGGUGACUAUUUUGAAGACUCCUCUGUUUUAAAUCAGGAUAGACUGGAACAGAAGACAAGCAAACCCAAUGGCUCUUCUGCCAACGUGGAAGAGAGACAGAAGAAAGUGACUACUAUAUUCUGCUUGACAAAAAAUGAAAAAGAAUUUUAUGUUCCAAGUGAUGAAUCUUGCUCAGCAAGUGUAGCCACACGCCAGAAACAGAAGCGUGCAGUGGAAAUCAAAGAAGAAUGUACACAUAAAAGUCACAGAAGAAUUUCUCAGACAGAUGACAUGAAGGCAUUUCUGACCCACCAAGCUGUUUGUGAAAACUGUGAAGUGAACUUGCCUGGGUUUAGCAACUCUUCAGCUAUGGAGUCAACUGUAGAUAAUGAGGAGGACAUGUAUCGUGAUGCAGAAGAAAUAGAGAGAGAAAAAGUAUUACUUGUUUGUGAGAGAGGCUCCACAGAAAAUAAGCUAAGUGUUGCACCUGAAAUGGAUAUCGUGGAGUACUGCCAAAAAGAAUGGAGAGGAAAUACACCAGUGGCAAAACUUAUGAAAAAGCUUCCUGAAAAGCUGCUGAGCAAAUAUGACUGGAUCAAAGACUGGCAGCACAGAGGAAAACUGGGGAGAAAGAUGAGAGAAAUUGGUGAUGAAAUUAAGGAAUAUUUAGGACUACUAAGGAAGAAGUGGAAGAGUGUAAGUGAAAUGAAGACACCCAUGGAGAAGCAAGGUGCUUGCAAUGAAUUGUUUAAAAACGAAGAGGAGGAAUAUUGCCUUUAUGAAGCCGUGAAAUUUUUGAUGCUGAAUACAGCCAUUGAAUUAUACAAUGAUAAUAAAGAAGGAAAGAAUGUACCUGUGUUCUCAUGGCUAUUGUUUGCUCGGGAUACAUCCAGCAAUCCUAAGCAAUUAAUGAAUAAUCACUUGAAUCACAUUGGUCACACUGGAGGCCUGGAACAGGUGGAAAUGUUUCUUCUUGCAUAUGCUCUGCGACAUACCAUCAAAGUUUAUAGACUAUAUAAAUACAGCACUGAUGAAUUCAUCACACAUUAUCCCAAUGACCCAGAGGAAGACUGGCCUGUAGUGACUCUUAUAACCGAAGAUGACAGACAUUAUAAUAUUCCAGUUGGAAUGUGUGAGGAGACUGCCGUGUAAACAUAUUAUUUUGGCAGGCUGGCAAAUUUUGGAUGAUCAGAUUUCCAGUACUAUUUAAAAAAAAAAAAAAAAAAAUGGUGGGCGGGCCAUGAUGAGGUUUAUGUGAUUAAAUCUUCAGUACUUUGUUUCUUGAGUUGCAGAGGUUUGAACUGAAAUGCCAGAUAGGAGCUCCCUGAAAGUGAGGAGUAGGAAAUUGUACAAGCUUUUAUUCUUGUGUGUAAAAGAAUUUGAAUGGAGCUCUUUGGAACAGAUCUCUGAAAGGGAUUGUAUUUAUAAAAAUGCAGAACUUGCUAGGUAACUUCCUUAAAGAAGGUUUGUUUGGCUCAGUGGUGAGAGGGCCCUCAGCAUGAAAGCUUAGCUCAAAAAUUACUAUAGCAAUGAUUAAAUGAAAUUGCUGUUUCAUGGACAGUGAAUUUUAAUACUGCUCUUACAGGUUGUUUAGAAGUAAUUUGUAUGAAUGGUAGAAAUUUGGUGAUGGUAUACGUGCCAUUUAUCUUACAUUAGUAAGGAGGUGUUUAUUUAAAAUAAACAUUCAGGGCUGUUCUUUGAUGGCUGUCUAUUUCUAGAAGCUAGGGAUCUGGUAUGCUGGAAAUUAAUUUGGCGGGGCGGAGGUUUUCUUCCCAAAGGGAGCAUGGCAAACGGAUUUAGUAAUUACGAGGGUACAGAGCAGUUUUCCCCUAGGUCAUCUCUAUGAGUCCUACUGAGCUCAGUGUUUUCUGAAAGUCAUUAACACUUCCAGUCGUAUUUUGAAAUAUGAUAGCAUCAGUCUAUUUCUCUUCGAGUAUCUGUCCAUAUCACAAAUGUUCGUAACAUAGUUGGCAUCCUUAUUUUAAGCCUCUGUGAAGAAGUAAAGGAUAUGAAUGAACAGUGAUAGCACUAGACACUGGGGUAAAUUUGAAGCCAGUGCAUAUACGAUGUUACUUCUGCUACACUUUUGUCUGAAGUUUUUCUUGCAUGGGACAUAGUGCUUUUGAUCAGUCACCUUUCACAAGCAUUAAAUUUACUGUUUAAAAAAUGAAUGGGAGGAGGAAUGCUGUGCUCUGCAGUCAUGUCAUAAUUGAAAGGUUUUCUGUCUUCACCCUGUGAAUUAGUUUAAAACUGAAAUAAGGCUUCUAGUUUCUUUCAGAACAGGAGAUAUGUAGAGUUUUAAUGGAAUGAAAAUCAGACAUUGUGAUAUAAGCGCCUCUGCCCCUUCUGAAUGGUUGGUUUUCUUAACAGGGUUGCGUAAAGAAGAAUUUUUUUUUAAAGAAGUCUUGACAUCAGUGCUGUAACGAGUUCUGUGCUGUUCUGCUUCAAAUUAGAUUAGUCUUUAAACUUGCCCUUUUGAGAGUAUUUACUACACCAAUCAGUAAAUACUGGCCUCACCAUCAUGUGCACUGUAAGCCUAUGAUAUAUCAUUUUGUUACCUCUAUCCUUUUUUAAAUAAUUAGCAUGGUGCUUUGUGUCAAAAUGGUUCCUAGAAACCACAUGGAAAUAAUAAAUUAAAAAUGCUGUAUCUUGA